UUCUCCAAUCACAUAGCAGGAUUCUCCUCAGGGAGCACAUCCGGUGGCGUUUCCUGUGUUUGUAAACUGAAAGAAAUUGGAACUCGGGUGACGAGCCACGACAGACGAGGAAAAUUAAAGUUUUAGUGCUAGAUGAGUGAGGUGGGUGUGGCCUCCCACCAGACUGACCAUCCUGAUUGACGGAUUCCUGGAUGACCUUGUCCCCGCCCCCGUCCCCGCCCUCACAUACACCGUUCCCACUGCAAUGUCACAUCUGCCCAGCAGCUCAGUCCGCGAUCAUAUGAAAUGGGCGGGGUUGCUUGGCUGUGAGGCUGUUCUCUCCAGUAUGGCCCUGAUGCAGGCCAGCUCCAUGGCCGGUCCGCCCAAGAAGAUGAUGGCUCCGCUCGGCCAUGGACCACCGCCCCAGAGGGAUGGCCCAGACCGCGGUCCUCAGAGCCACAUGAUCCUGCCAUCUGGAAUGAGCUGUCCACCCCUGCUUAUCCGGAAGGAGGGCGACUUCCACACACCCCGCCUGCUGGACGAGAAGGAAAUGAGGGCCAACGAAGACAUGCAGCUGAAAAAGAAGAACAGGAAGUCAGGAACGCCCUGUAAAGUGAGAGAGCAAGACGGGAGGGGAGGGAAGGUGGUUGUUGUGGAUGAGAAUGGUAACUGUCCAAUAUCUAAAGUGCAGAAAAACUUCAUCUGCAAUCACUGUUAUGGCGCAUUUAGGAGUGGAUAUCACCUGAAGAGACACAUCCUCAUUCAUACAGGGGAGAAGCCGUACGCUUGUGGCAUAUGUGACAUGAGAUUUAUUCAGCGUUACCACCUGGAGAGACACAGCCUGAUUCACACGGGGGUGAAGCCGUACGCUUGUUCCAUGUGUGACAUGAGGUUUUUCCAGCGUUACCACCUGGAGAGACACAGCCUCACUCAUACGGGGGUGAAGCCGUAUGCUUGCAACAUGUGUGACAUGAGAUUCUUCCAGCGUUACCACCUGGCGAGACACAGCCUCACUCAUACGGGGGUGAAGCCAUACGCUUGCAACAUGUGUGACAUGAGGUUCUUCCAGCGUUACCAUCUGGCGAGACACAGCCUCACUCAUACGGGGGUGAAGCCGUACGCUUGUUCCAUGUGUGACAUGAGGUUUUUCCAGCGUUACCACCUGGCAAGACACAGCCUCAAACAUACGGGGGUGAAGCCGUACGCUUGUUCCAUGUGUGACAUGAGGUUCUUCCAGCGUUACCACCUGGCGAGACACGGCCUCACUCAUACGGGAGUGAAGCCGUAUGCUUGUUCCAUGUGUGACAUGAGGUUUAUUCAGCGUUAUCAACUGGAGAGACACAGCCUCACUCAUACCGGGGUGAAGCCAUUUGGUUGCACCAUGUGUGACAAGAGGUUCUUCCAGCGCUACCACCUGGCAAGACACAGCCUCACUCAUAUGGGUGUGAAACCUUACGCUUGCACCCUGUGUAACAUGAGGUUUGUUCAGCGCUACCACCUGACAAGACACAGCCUCAAACAUACGGGGGUGAAGCCGUACGCUUGCACCAUGUGUGACAAGAGGUUUUUCCAGCGAGACCACCUGCGGAGACACAGCGUCACUCAUAUGGCGGUGAAGCCGUUCGCUUGCACCAUGUGUGACAAGAGGUUUUUUCAGCGCCACCACCUGCGGAGACACAGCAUCACUCAUAUGGGGGUGAAGCCGUAUGCUUGCACCAUGUGUGACAAGAGGUUUUUUGAGCGCCACCGCCUGCGGAGACACAGCAUCACUCAUAUGGGGGUGAAGCCGUUCGCUUGCACCAUGUGUGACAAGAGGUUUUUUCAGCGCCACCACCUGCGGAGACACAGCAUCACUCAUAUGGGGGUGAAGCCGUACGCUUGCACCAUGUGUGACAAGAGGUUUUUUCAGCGCCACCACCUGGCGAGACACAGCGUCACACACAUGGGAGUGAAGCCGUAUGGUUGCACCAUGUGUGACAAGAGGUUUUAUCAGCGCCACCACCUGGCGAGACACAGCGUCACACAUAUGGGGGUGAAGCCGUACGGUUGCACCAUGUGUGACAAGCGGUUUUACCAGCGUUACCUCCUGGCAAGACACAGCCUCACUCAUUUGGGUAUGGGUCCGCUCACCGUACCCACCUUACCCAAGAUCAGGCUACACCUGAACCCCAGUAUACAGGGGGUGAAGCCAUAUGGUUGCACCAUGUGUGACAAGAGAUUUUACCAGCGAUACCACCUCUCAAGACACAGCCUCACUCAUUUGGGUGUGAAACCUUACGCUUGCACCAUGUGUGACAUGAGGUUUGUUCAGCGCUACCACCUGACAAGACACAGCCUCACUCAUACGGGGGUGAAGCCGUAUGCUUGUUCCAUGUGUGACAUGAGGUUUAUUCAGCGUAACCACCUGGAGAGACACAGCCACACUCAUACGGGGGAGAAGCCGUUUGCUUGUGACAUGUGUGACAUGAGGUUUAUCCAGCGUUACCAUCUGGAGAGACACAAGCGUGUCCACAGCGGAGAGAAGCCUUAUCAAUGUGAGCGAUGCCAGCAGAACUUCUCGCGGACGGACCGGCUGCUGCGACAUCGGCGGCUGUGCCAGGGACGUGGUGUGGCCAAGGUGGAGAACCAGCCGUGCUGCGAGCCCCGCCCAUACUCCCAGGAGCCCCCACCCGCUCCACCCACCUGGAGCCCCCUUCACCCACCCCCUGGUCGACUGGCUGUCUGACUGACAUUCCCCCACCCCCCCCCCCCAUCCUCCCUCCCUCCACACACACACACACACACCAUCUCCCAGAGAGACAGGACAGGCCACCUAGUCUCACUCAACCCUGCACUCAGUGGCGCCACACUCUGGCAAAGACUGAUCCUGCAUCUCGAGUCCUGAGGUUACUAUGACAGCGGGACAGAUGUUUUUGUCUUCUUGAGAGCGAGUUUCCUUCGAUAAUUGGUGGUCUAUUUUGUACUUAAUCUAUUUUUUAAAAGUUGUUUUUUAUUAUUAUUUAGAAUUAUCGUUUGUGCUGUUGGUGGUACUCUCUGGUAGGGGGGGGUGUUAAUGUUACGCCAUAACAAUGAUGAAGUGGGAUAUAUAACAAUAAACAACACAGGACGUUUCUAGAAAAUGUAGUUUGUGAAAGAAAAAAAGUUGUCAGGCAAUGGUACAGGUGUCAGAAGUAAAACUAAAAAGGGGUUCCAUAAAGUUUGUGAUUUUAGGACGAUAUAGGCAAGUGGAGGAUGUCCUAACCGGGCUGAAGUGAAGGGUCAGGUCAGAGGAUAUUGUGGUUCUUGUUGGAUAGAGUUGCUGAUGACUCAGGAAGUGGCACAGACAGGAUGAUAGCGUUAGCAAGUUCCAUUACACCCUUUAACGGUGUAUGUACAGAGGUCUAUGGGAGCAGGUCGCAGGCUCUCUUUUACAGUCAGUUCUUAUACAGAUGUACAUGGAAAACAACGGCACACGAUGGCAGCUUCAGCAAGUCCCAUUACUUUGUUUGUACAGAUCCUCGUGUUGAGAGCAUAGCAGGAGGUAUACACAGUCUUGUGGCCUUAGAGCGUGCUUAUGUUAUUUGUUUAAUUUGCCUUUUGUUUUUUAGUCCAUGGUUUAAUUAUUAUCAGAUAUGAUAAAAAGGAUGAGCCACUGCCUUUUUAAAAGCUGGGAAUGUUUUUCCAAAGCUGUCACCCUUAUAGAACACUGCUUACUACAAUGGCACUAUAAGGCAUAGGCAAAUAUUCCUUCAUCUGUUCGUUGAGAAUUGAUAUAGUGCUGGUUAUUAUUGGUAAUAAUUUAACCCCGGGUUCCUGAAUGAUUACGUGAGGGGAGUUUGACAAUUCCAGUGAGAUGCUAAUAGUGCUAACUUCAAUUUGUCAGGCAGUGCUUUGGCCAGCUGAAGGCCAUACAGAUCAUUUUUCUCAUAGUUAAAUGAACACUUGUUUCACUUUGCUACACACUAACAAAUGCCUUUAACUGAGAUGGGGGUAGGUGUGUAUAAAGGAUUUCUGUCAUGUUCUUUCGGGGGUUAGCCUUAACUCGAAUAAGAUCUCUCUUAAAUAAUCAUUGUAGUGUAAAAUUAUAUUGUAAUGAAUGACUGUAACCUGUACUGAACUUUUGAACAUGUCUGUGGUUUACCCCCUCCAAGUGUAAUGGCUACAGAGCACAGAGAUGCUUUAGUUAAUGUCUAUCUACUCUGACGUUUAUCUAUUUUUGUCCAGGUUAAUCAGUGGGUCUAUUGGUGGUGUUCCACAGCAGCCUGUCUGGGCUUGUAGAGCAGCUUAGGGAAGUAUCUCUGAAACCUGGUCCUGAGGACCAGUGUGUGCUGGACUUCACUUAAACCGAGUCAUUGAAUUGAAUGAUUCUCAAUGUCGCCAGGCUACUACUGUUAGUGAAACCAAUGUACUUUUGUUUAUUUAGUAAUGCCAAAUGUAUAUUCCAGAAAUGUUGCGACGUACAGUCUGCAGUAGUUAAGAUAUUUAACUGUUUUAAUUAUGCCUGAGUGAUUAGAUGAUGCAAUCCAGCAAACAGGGGUAUUCUAGUACCAGGGUUAAGAAACUGCAGCUUACUGUAUGAUUUGGCAACCCCUUGCCCCAAGAAAUGUGGAAAGGAUGCCACUUGUAACCACCGCUACCCACUAGUGAGGCCACAGGGCAAGGUUGGCUGACAUUAACUGUUAAAGCCCUCUCAGUUCUGUCCUUUUAAGUAUUGUUCUCAAUCUCAUGAUGAAAAUGCAAUAGAAUCUUUAGAGUCUGAUCAGUUAACACAGUGAGGUUUAUUUUCUUCAAAGGAUCAGGUAAAGGAUGGCGCGGUUAGAGAAGAGCUCCUUGCUCUCUGCUCUACUGUAUUUCAAGAUUCUGGUAAUGUUUCAAAGACCUUUUUUUCGGAUAAUAUUGUAAACACUGGAGUGAUAAAAACAAAAGUAAAAAACAUGAAAUAUGGAUAUUUUUCUUUUUCAAAACUGUUCUAGAUUUUAGUCUUUAGACAGAGCCUCUUACUCCUCAACUUGACAGAGAUGGCAGAACCAUUUGGAUCAGUACUGUAUUGAGAGCCCAGGGCGUUUUUAGUAAUUUGAAGAUUAGAGGCGGUAGUACCUCAAGAAAAUGACUGUUUUUAUAAAGGUCCCCUUCUAUUUGUAGUGAAUUAUAUUGAUAGAAAUAUUAGGUAAGCAACAGCAUCUACAUUAGCUAUCACAAGUUAGUCUUUUCUUUGUCUUUAUUAGUCUUGCAUGCAGAGUUCUGGUCCUCAGUUAGGAUCUUAUAUUGAUUCUUCUUUUGUCUAAGCAAAAUACGUGCAUAAAAAUAACUUCUUAAAAAAAUGUUACAUUUGAUUAUUGUAAAAAUGGGGAAACUAAUAUGUACCCUUGUGAUCCAAUUAGUUUUAAUUGUAAGGGGAGAGGCUUCCUACCAUUAUGCUGAAAUAAAAUACUUUAUAAAAGA